AUGCACGAGCAAAUCUCGAUGCUAGCACUGUCGUCGUUCGCAUCAUACGCUGCUACAUUUCGCGAACGAUACGAAAACCGAUGUCGCGGAAAACUCGUCGAGGAUAAGAGCGGAAGCGCAACCGUUCACUCCCGCGGCGUUAAACGCGCUGUCGCUGCGAGCAGCAAUCACGUCGCGAAAGUACAGACCGUUCCCCCCGCGGAUACGGUUCACACGAACGUCCUCCUAGCGACGGCCUGGGUGGACGUUCACACAGUUGAAAGUCGAAGUUUUAAAGUGCGCGCUCUGUUGGAUCAGGGAUCCACGUUUAGUUUUAUUUUGCAAGCUCUCUGUCAAACGUUGCGUACGAAAAGACAACGCUCGAAUCUUCAAGUUACUUGUUUCGGUGAGAAGUAUACUGGCUGCGCGAAAUCUCGCGUCAUGCUGACAUUGACGCCGUGCGCCCGUUCGGGACCAGGCUUCCCGCUGCACGCCUACGUUUUUCAAAGCAUCACUUCGUACGCGGCGUCGCAGAUUCAGCCCUUCGAGUCAUGGCCACAUUUACACGGCCUUUCAUUCGCUGAUCCAGAUCCGUCAAGCCGACACCGAGUUCACUUGUUGAUCGAUGCCGACUUAUACGGUUCGUUGUUGAAGAAUGGCCUCCGGCAAGGCCCUAUCGGCACGCCUACCGCUCAGAUGACAGCGUUAGGUUGGAUUCUUUCCGGCCCUGCGGGUCGCGGCCGGGGUGAGUCCGCACACAUAGGAGUAUGUCAUAACGUGUCCACUCAAGACACAAAUACGCUUCUCAAGCGAUUUUGGGAGGACGAGGAGGUCAUGCUCCCCCCUCCACUUACCGACGAGAAAGAGCGUUGCGAGCGACACUUCCUCGCCACUCAUGAUCGUUCUCCGGAAGGACGAUAUAUCGUUCGACUACCCUUCCGGCAUGAAACCCCGAUCGACAUAGGCGAUUCGCUGCCUAUUGCUAUAACACUCUACGAUAAGAUGGAAAAGAGGCUGCGCCGGCACACGGAACUCUCCGCGCAGUACCAGGAAUUUUUGGCGAAAUAUCUCUCCUUGGGGCACAUGAGCGUGAUCGACCGUCCUAGCGACAUCGCUCUUCACCCCGCGUAUAUUCCGCAUCAUCCGGUUGUGCGCGAGUGUAGCAGCACCACAAAAUUACGCGUCGUGUUUAACGCUUCGUGCAAGACGACAAACGGCACGUCAUUGAACGAUCACCUACUGGUCGGGCCGAAGUUACAGCAGGACCUUUCCGCUAUCCUGCUCCGCUGGCGGCAGUAG